GAGAUAAAUCAUGAUCAAGACGAAUCGCGACAACGAAAAGACCUGCAGAACAAAGAGGACCCAGCACGUGAGCUACCGCGUCAACAAGGCCAAACACUCAUUAUAGUCCAGCCCGCCUUCUCCAGAGCCACACCUCUUUCUUUCUCCUCUUUCAUUUCAUCUCGCACUAUGCCUCCUAAGGCAAAGGGCAAAAGGCCCGCCUCCUCAGCAGUUGCCCGUACAGGACCAAAAGAAGUAUUUCAACACAGCAGUCGACGUUCGAAACGCGAAGAAGAAGACAAUAAACCUACCACUCAACGCGCCCUCGUUUUGCGCAAUGGCAACUAUGGCGCGCAGGGCACCGGCGAAGUCAUAUUAUUGAACAGAAUGACUGGAAGGGAGAAGCUCGACCUUCUUGCAGAGGAUCUCAUAGAGAAAUCCAAGCAGGCGUUAGGCGUGGCGUUCCGCAUGGAACAAUGUUUGAAGAUAGCAGAAUCUCAGUUCUAUGCCAAUCUCGAUGAGAUCAACGAUUUGCAAGACCCCGAUCUCUUUGUAGACAAGGUCAAGGCUGAAGUGUGGGCUCGGAAACCCAAAGAAGCCAAUCCAUUCAAAAACGCGACCGAAGUAGCGGAGAUCAUUGCUACACAGAUCCACAAUGCAUACAUGCUUGCUUCAGGAUGGAAGAUCGUUUGGCACUACUUGAGUGAUCUUCAGGCUGCCGGCUUGCAAGAUGGUUCCAUCCGGCAGCAACUGGGCUCUAACGAGCAGCUUCGAAUCAAGUACCUUGUCCUAUUCGAUGUUGUCAAUGUGCUCGUUGAAGCCAAUCAAGCCAAGGUUGCCCUCCUGGCGACGACUGCUCCCCACUAUGACAAGUAUUUCAAGAAAACUGAGAGCGAUGACGGCGGCGCGCCGGAAUAUGUGUUCAAUUGGGGUGAACUCAAAAUUGUCCAUAGGUCUUUCGUCGAUUCCAUCAUUGUUGAGCUUUGUCUGCCGCGUUCACACAUUCCGAGAAACAUUCUCUACAUGAUUUUGCGCGAGGCUAUUGAUGAAGCGCCUCGCGACGGGAAGCGAUUCCCUCAGGCGAUGUGGGAUGCAGUCGGCGAUCUUUCUGUCACAGUGCAGCUUCAAGAAAUGCUUGAGAGUGUCCUCCUUGGGCCCGAGGGUGAACAAUGGAAAAGAGAUAUUGGACAUCUCCCUCUUCCUGAGGAAUAUGACAGUUGGUUGGAUGCGCAGGCUAUGCCGGCACACAUAGUCAAAUAUGUGGCGAACUGGAAGGAUAGCAUUCACCCUCUGGAGAAGACCAAGAAUGUUGUUGUUCUCGAGAAUAUGUGGCGCUACAUUAACCUGAACUACAAGGCAUUUACCGGCAAGGACAUCGAUUCCCUGUGGCGUUUGGGAGAGGUCCACCAGCGUACCCCUCAGUGGCAUGCUUUCAAGGUCAAUGCGAGUAAAGCGGACCUUGAUGUUGACGUCGAUGAGCCUCCUAGUCUCGAUUCUCACAAGGAAAAGAAUAAGAGCCAGGGCAAGGCUGGAAAAUACCUCUCCAUCACGAAUGGAGACGGGAAUGACAGCGAUGGUUCUAUGCCCUCCCUGCAAACCGUGUCUGAUUCGUCGGAGGCAGAAUCGGACUAUGAGAAUACCGAGGAAGAGGCAGCACCGGACGCGGAAGACUACGAAGAUGACGAGUAUGAUGAGGAUGACGAAGAUCAGCUCAGAGAUAUGUUCCGCGAGGCUAUGGAUGCCGCUGCUGCUACUGCUGACUUCUACGAUCCGAAGAGCGACGCUAAGGAAUUCGAUCAACUCGCUGAAGAGCGCAAGGGUAAUCCGUUCAUCAAGCUCUUGGGUUCAUUGAGAGGGCGAAUGUUCUCUUCCGAACCUGCUCUCAAGACGACUAAGCGUACUCAGCCAAGUCAUCCUUUCCCGGGUGGGAAGCCUCCUUCGGCGGCACCUGCUGGUGCUGCCCAAGCUAAACCCAAAACCGCACCGAAGGCUACGCCUGCCGCCGGCCAACCUAAGAGCCAGAAGGCCACAGUGGAAGAAGUCGAGGAUGAAGAGGAAGGUGGUGUGCCGUCCGCCUCUAAGAAGAAGAAAAAGAAGAAGCCUAAGAAGAAGAAGAAACCUGCCGCUGCCACUGCCGACGGUGAAGCAGAUCAAGAGGCCGCCGUGCCUGCAAUGCCUACUCCCGCAGCACAACCCAGCACUCCUGCCACUGCCGCACCUCCCAAGGAGACUCCAAAGCCCAAGCCAGCACGCGCUCCUUCCGUAGCUUCGAGUGCCAAUUCCUUGCCGUUUGGUGGUUCGACUGCCUCUCUUCCUCAGCCCGCUGUUGCUCAGUCUGCUCGUAAGUACGUGCAGGAGGCCGGUAUCGAAGAGAAGAACAAGGUCAAAUCGAGGCCCGAUUAUGCGAAUCUCGCACCCAUUCCCGAGAAGAAAGGAUUAUUUUCGAAGCUGAAGAAGGACAAGGAGGGUGAUGACGGAAAGAAGGGCAGCAAGCAUAGUUUCUUCACCACAUUAGGGAAGAAGACCAAGACUUACAUGCAUCAAUUACUCAACACCACCGGAGAUGACAAGAAAGGUCUUGCGCCUAUGAAGUGGGAUAACUUCUUGAAGGUUAUGCGCGAUAUGGGCUUCAAAUACGACCCUGGUACUGCUGGUUCCAGUGUUCGGUUUGAUCCUCCUGACUCUCGUGAUUCUCCUAUCACCUUCCACAGACCCCACCCUGAUCCGACGCUUUAUCCUGUUAAGUUGAAGGAGUUUGGUAAGAGACUCAAGAGAUACUACGGCUGGUCUGAGGAAGAUUUCUAUCGUGCUGCGGGCUAAGAAUGCAUUUGCUCUCUUUGCUCUGCGUGCAACGCAAUUUUCCGCAAUGUCCAUUCUUUCCCGCAUAAGACUGUUAUGACUGUAUGUUGUUUGUAAAAUGGUGUUCCAGUAUAUCUGUAUCGACUCAUGAUAUCAUUCUGUAUGUUUUUCUUGAUAUGAAAUGUUGACUCCCUCACGAGGCGUUUGCCUUAUUGGGGAGCGGCAAUGGCCCUGGCUUGUCGAAGCUCACCGUU